UGCUGCUCGGUCCUGUGAGGUCAGAGCAUUUUAUAUUACAUAAAUCUGAGGCAGAAAGGCAAAAAAAUGGAAGAUACUCUGUGACCCGUAUCACAGAAAUACACACAUCCAAGCGCACACUCUUGUUCUGUGACUGAACCCACGCUUUCAUUGUGUGAUGGGAGAAUGACAUUGGCUCUGAGUUCGCCGGUCACAUGGGUGGCUGUGCCUUCAUAAAUGGUUGCUGCAAGCUGGAGACACUCCAUCUGACAGAAGUACACACAUACACACACACACACACACACACACCGGAGACACGGCGGGUCUCAGAACCCCUCUACACGGGCUCUGCCCAUGCCACUAACAGCACCUGCGGAGCCUGAUCUGGAACCAAAAAUGAACUGGGCGUCUUUUUAUGCCGUGAUCAGCGGCGUGAACCGGCAUUCCACCGGCAUUGGGCGGAUUUGGCUGUCUGUCCUCUUCAUUUUCCGGAUCAUGGUUCUGGUGGUGGCGGCCGAGAGCGUGUGGGGCGAUGAGAAAGCGCACUUCAUCUGCAACACCCAGCAGCCCGGCUGCAACAGCGUCUGCUACGACCAUUUCUUCCCCAUCUCUCACAUCCGACUGUGGGCGCUACAGCUGAUCAUGGUCUCUACCCCCGCCCUGCUGGUUGCCAUGCACAUUGCACAUCGUCGGCAUAUCGACAAAAAGUUGUAUCGCCAAGCUGGCCGCACCAGUCCAAAAGACUUAGAGCAGAUAAAAAACCAAAAGAUGAAAAUUACUGGCGCCCUUUGGUGGACAUACAUGAUCAGUCUGCUGUUCCGUGUGUUAUUCGAAUCCGCCUUUAUGUAUCUGUUCUACAUGAUUUACCCGGGAUACAAGAUGUUCCGGCUGGUAAAGUGUGACUCGUACCCGUGCCCAAACAUAGUCGACUGCUUUGUGUCCCGACCAACAGAGAAAACAGUGUUCACUAUAUUCAUGCUUGCGGUGUCCGGCGUCUGCAUCCUGCUCAACAUCGCAGAAAUCGUCUUUCUUGUUGCAAGGGCAACAAGUCGUCAUCUCAAUAACUCCAAGGAUUCCCCAGUGGGAGCCUGGAUCUCUCAGAAACUGUGCUCCUUUUAGAAGCGCUGGUCCUCUCACUCUCCGAAACCUAAAUAGGCUAUUUCACAAAAACACUUAAUGUUAAUGAGGGCUAAAGUCAUUGAUCGUGGGUUUUUUUUUUCGGUUUUUUUUUACAUUUUAUAACUCAGAAAACUUUUUAAAAUGUGUACAUAAUAUUACUCCACACAAUUUUAGAGCAAUAUUGAAAUAAAUUCACACUGCUGUAUGAAAUUUUAUAGCCUAGGCCUACUCAUAUUGUCCCUAAAAACAAUGCAAUAAAAAUGUAAUAUUUGUGAUAGAAUCACUGUUUGAUGACCAAUAUUAGAUUUAACACAUUUUGCACAUUUUGUUUUGCAAAUGUCAACAAAAAUGAGGUUUUAUGUUCCAAAUGUUUCAAUUUAUUCAUCAGCUGUACUUCAUUAUCUUGUAGAUCAGGGGGCCUCGGCAAACUGGCUUCCAAAAGUCUUUUAAAAAUAUUUAAAUUUACUUAUAUUAUCAUAAUCUUAAUUGAAAAUGCUAAAACACUAAAAAAUAAACAUGUACAACAUUAAA